AUGCAAGCUCAUCCAGACUUUCUCCAGCAGACGGCAGGUAGCUUUUCUCAUACUGUCGGCCCAGGAGGUAUUUUUUGGGUUCUGAAAGGCUUCUCGCACCCACUUCCUGUGCACCACAUCACCGGGGGACUGCACCUUGAUGGACAUGUGGAUUCCUCUCACGGUAUGAUCUUCAGGCCAUGCCUGGAGAAUCCUAAAGAGGGACUGGAUGGUGCUGGUGAAAACCACAUUGCUCCGCCUUGUUUACCGGCCGUUCCAACCCUUGCACGUGUCAUGGGCUACGCCCAGGCAUAUGGCAACGCUGCUUGCCCUGUUUGUACCAUUUGUUCUGUCUGUCUCUUUUGCUUCAUCUGUUUUGUUUGUUCUAUUUGUUCUGUUUGUUGCUGGCAUGCCGUUGUCGCUCUUCUUCCUCCCAAGGAAUUCUUUGUGUAUCUAGUGCCAGGAUGA